AUGGCGACGGCAGCAGCGACUCCUCCCCAUGGCGGCCUCCCGGAAGAGGUCGUGGUAUGGGAGAUCCUCGUCCGCCUGCCCCCCAAAUCCCUCCUCCGCUGCCGCGCCGUCUGCCGCGCCUGGCGCAGCGCCACCUCCGCCCGCGACUUCCUCGCCGCCCACCACGCCCGUCAGCCCAACCUCCCCAUCGCCUUCCAGGAAUACCACGGCAGCCAAAGCUUACUCGCCUUCGACAACCGGGGCGCCGCCGCCGCCCAGCUCCAACCCGUCGCCCGGCUUGACGACGACUCCAGUCUGGAAGCCUCCUGUGACGGUCUACUCCUCCUCACCGACUAUGGCAGGGGUGUUCCAAGGUUCUGUGUCUGCAACCCGGCCACUCGUCAGUUUGCUUGCUUGCCGACGCUUUCCGGUUUCGUGCCUCUGGCUCUGGGGAUGUAUCGGCACGGCCCGACUGGCGAGUACCGAGUACUCGUCUGCCCGAGAGAUGAAGAUCCGGCGACUGAUGCAUGCUACAUCUUCGCAUUGGGCUCCGUCCAUCCACUGAAGAACAUCGGAUGGCUGCCGGAGGUGGAUGAAAUGUGUUCCAGUGCUGUUCUCUCCCGUGGUAGCCUGCAUUGGCACCUGCAGCAGUAUGAGAGUGCAGCCAAAGUGAUAAUGGCAUUCGACACCACAGCUGAGUCGUUCCGGCGGAUGCGUGGUCCAGUCGUUCCUAGCAGCGAUGGCCUAUUUGCUGGCAUGUUUGAAAUGGAUGGCAUUCUCGGCGUGGCCUGCUCUAAUGACAAAGACAAAAUCAUUGGCAUAUGGAUGAUGCAGGACUACGAAAGCGAGGUCUGGACCUUAAAAUACCGCUUUGAAUUGCCGUUUGAGGAGAUCAAGAUGCAGUGUGACAUGAGGCAGGUUAGGGUGAAGCAUGGCGAUAUGUUGAUUGUGGUUGUGCCCGAUGGCAAUUGUGAGUUGCUCGUGCUAUCACGAUUUGGCAAUGGGCUGUUUCAGAUUAACAUGGAUGGCAAGUUGGUUGGAAGUUUCUACCGUGAAGACCUCUGUCUUACUCAACUUCAGCUCAAACAAACUCUUGUUCCGCAUACAUUCUUUCCGGCGCUAGAGGGUUAUGUUGUGAAUGUUCCACCUUUCAUCUGA